GUUUUGCCCCAUUAUUUUGCAUAGUCACGUCAGUUUGAAGUAAAAGGAAGUACGAGAAUAUUCUUCAAUAUUAUAAAUCUCUUCGAGAGCUGGAAAGUUUCAUCAUUUUGUUAAAGUGGCUCACGAAUUUAACUGUAAUUCAGUGAUUUUGAGAAUCAAAUAAAAUUACAAGGGAGAAUGGAGUUUCCAGGGCUGGGAAAACACUGCUCAGUGUCAACAUGCAACAAACUCGACUUCCUGCCCGUGAAGUGUGACGCAUGUAACGAGAUUCUCUGUUCUGAACACUAUAGCUAUGAAAAGCAUGGCUGUAAGUCUGCUCGGCGGAAGGAUGUGCAGGUCCCUGUAUGUCCUCUAUGCGGAGAGCCCGUGCCUACGCCAAGUGACGUCUCUCCUGAUCUUACCGUAGGACGUCACAUAGAUCAAUUUUGUCGAUCGGAGAAGACACGGAUAUUCACAAACAAUUGUUCCUUCGCGGGUUGUCGCCAGAAAGAACUUGUUCCAAUUCUCUGUGGGGACUGCAAACGAAACUUUUGCAUCCGUCACAGACACUUUAACGACCACCAGUGCCGCGGGCAAGUGCAGCAACCUUCAGUUCCGUCCAGAGGCAUCUUCAAGAGCACCAAGAAGACAACAGCAACGGCCAAUGCUGCCCCCGGACAUGCCCAACUCAUUCAAGGCAACAUGACGGAAGAUGAAGCGCUCGCCCAUGCCAUCGCCUUGUCUAUGCAGGAACAGGAGCAUCGCCAGCCACCAGCUGUGACUUGUGGAGGCGCUCAGAAUUCCUCAAACACCAAGGACAAGUGUUCGCUGUCGUGAGUUGGACCACAAUUUGCCCUCCUCUUUAAUUUAGGAACAAGUUUAAGAUUUUGAUUAAAGUCAGUCGAAGGUUUGGUUGAAUGCAAAAAUGUGUAGGUAAGUAAAUUUUGCUUAGUAGAUUUGAAAGCGACCAAAGGUGCUAAUUUUCUCACUAAAUUAGUUCAAAAUUCAUAUCGCAAUCCAUUGAAAGGAGAUUGAAAUUCUUUUGUUUUUC